AUGAAAGGUUGGAAAGAGAUCGAAUACGAGGUUGUCCGCGAUUCCCGCGACAAUUGUAUAACUGUCUGUAAUAUGGAGAAUGUUGAUCCACUUGGUAUCCACAAUGGAGACUCCAUUGUGGUCGCUCCCUCCCAAACGCUAUCCGACUUCGAUUACAACAUGCUCCGAACAACUGCGAUCAAUGUCAUUCGCCAUCUUGGUGUUGUUGGCGAGUGUAACAUUCAGUACGCUCUGAAUCCGAUUAGAAGGAGUACUGCAUUAUUGAGGUAUGUCAACGCGCGUCUCUCGCAUUCGUCAGCACUGGCUUCGAAAGCUACAGGUUAUCCCCUUGCGUUUAUUGCUGCUAAGCUCGGUCUGGGUGUCCCGUUAAACGAAAUCAAGAACUCCGUGACGAAAGUAACCAGCGCUUGCUUCGAGCCAAGCUUAGACUACGUUGUCGUGAAGAUACCACAGACCAUCCAAAAGGCGAUACAGGCGAUUGACGAUCAGUUCCUUGGAUUUGCGAAGGACAUCGACGAGGAACUGGUCAAUCCCACUGACAAGCGGAUAUUCGCCAUCGCAAAUGUAUUCCAUCGGGGCGAUAGCGUCGACAAGAUCUGGCAGAUGACUAACAUCGACAAGUGGUACCUAACGAAACUUCAACACAUUCAUCGCAUGGAGAAGCGCUUGUCAGAUCAAUCUAUCUCUUCUGUCAGCAACAGAAUUAUCCUCCAAGCGAAGCAGCUUGGCUUCUCCGAUCGCUUGGUAGCCAGUUGUUUGGGUUCAACGGAGUUAGCUGUCCGAAGGCUUCGUCAAGAAAUUGGCUGA